GUAGGAACUGCUAUACGGCAUAAGCAUAAUGUUUUGUAUGGCGUUAUAAUAUUCAGGCAAAAAACGUUUCACAAGUAACACAUGCGCAGACUCAUUAAAGUUUAAGUGCGUCCGGUACCAACAAACUGUCAUCUGUUGUGUUGUCAGUAAUAAUUUACAUUUUCAAGUUUGAGUAAGAACUUGAUAAUUUUUCUGUGCGAUGAAAAUGAGAAGAAACAUUUCGGGUAACAGGGAAGAUCCUUCAUCAAAAUUCAACGAACGUCAGGCAGAUAUUCGCCUGCAACUCAACGAACAGCUACGAUGCCUGGACGUUCGGAUGGAAGCACAAGUUGCCCUCCUUGCAGAACUGCAAGAUUUUUUCAAAAGGAGGGGCGAGUUAGAAUUGGACUAUUCGAAAAAUUUAGAUAAGCUCGCUAAGAGCUUGCAGCUUAGGCACAAAGAACAAAAACAAAAGCGCGAGCAAUGGCCGUUGUUUUCAAGUUACACUUGCUGGCAGCAACUUGUCACGCAGACAAAAAACUUGAGCAGGGACCAUGCCGCCCUAGCCGAAGUCUAUUCCGCACAUCUGGUUUCCAGAUUAUCACAAGUUAUGGAAGACGUCCAGCGAAUUUACAAGAGAUGUCGCGAAAUAGGUUACGAAACGCACGAAGAAAUUCUCAGGGUUCUCCACGAGCUACAUACCACUAUGAAGACAUAUCACAGCUACCAAGCUGAACUCAGACAAGCUGAAAUGAAGCUUAGAGCUGCCGAAAUACAAAGGACAAAGUUAGAACAGACGCUGUCACAGGACAAGUUGGAGCGCUCAAAGAAGUAUAAGUUGAUGGAAAAGGAAGUUAUGAAAAGAAAGAACAAGUAUUCUGAUGCCAAACUUAAGGCUCUAAAGGCACGAAAUGAAUACGUUUUAUGCCUAGAAGCAUCUAAUACGACUAUCCACAAAUACUUUGUUGAUGAUUUGUCUGAUCUCAUAGAUUGUAUGGAUUUUGGUUUUCACAACUGCAUCUCCCGAGCAUUAUUGAUGCAUGUGACGGCAGAAGAAGGUAGACAGAAGUCCAUCCAGCAUGGUAUCGAAGCGCUAACAAGUUGUAUAAAUUCGUUAGACUCUAGGCUAGAUAAACAAAGGUUUCUCGAAUAUAAUCAUACCGCGUUCAUGAUACCAAAAAAACUGGAGUUCCAGGGCCACAAAACGGAAGAUCCUCCAGAACCCGAAAUUCAAAAUUUGCUCCAUCGCGAGAUGGAAAGUCGUUUAACUCAGUUAAACCAAAGGGUGACAUCGCUACGAGCCGAAUCUGAGGAGGUUUGGAAAACCUUGGAAACUGCUGAAACUACCUUGAUGGAUAUGUUGUGUGCUAAAGACUACGACUGCAGUGGAUAUUUUGAUGAAAACGCGGUACCUGUUAGUAAACCGCUUGAGACUGUUUCUAUUAAAGCCAGGGCUGACAGACAAGAGACUGAAGAGUUCUAUCUUACAAAAUUUAGGGAGUAUCUGUUAGGCUCCUCCCGAAUAGCACGCUUAGACGCAAAACAGGAAUUUUUGCGGCAGUCACUUUUAGCCGAGCGGCCCGAAUUUUGUAAUUCAAUUGAACCUGUGGCAAAAACACCAAAACGUAAAAGGAUAGGCAGAUUACAGAUGAGCGGGCAGCCUAAGUUAUUUGGAGGGUCCAUCGAGGAGUAUCAAGAAGCCACAAACCAGGAAAUUCCUCUGAUCAUGAGAUCAUGCAUUAGAGUUAUCAACUUAUAUGGUUUGCAUCAUCAAGGUAUUUUUCGAGUAUCCGGAUCUCAGGUUGAAAUAAACAACUUCAGGGAAUGGUUUGAGAGAGGAGAAGAUCCUUUGGCUGACGUGACUGAUGCCUCUGACAUUAAUAGUGUUGCGGGUGUUUUGAAGUUGUAUUUGAGAGAGUUGAGGGAGCCGUUGUUUCCAAUCAUCUACUUUGAACAGUUCAUGGAAUUAGCGCAAUUGGAAUCCAAGAGGGAAUUUAUCACUCGGAUGAGAGAAGUAGUAAAUAGCCUACCGAGAAACAUAAUGGUAGUCUUGAGGUACCUGUUUGCAUUUUUGAACCACUUAUCCGAAUUUUCUGAUGAAAACAUGAUGGAUCCUUACAACUUAGCCAUUUGCUUUGGGCCUACUUUGGUACCAGUACCGGAAGAUAAAGAUCAAGUUCAGUAUCAGAACCAAGUCAACGAACUUAUCAAGAACAUUAUUAUGUAUAACGACGAAAUAUUUCCCAAUGAUGGUGGGACUGUCUAUGAAAAGUAUAUUUCACCAAACUCUGAAGAUCACGAUGUCGGUGAUUCCCCGUCUGAGCAGACCCAGGAGGACAUAGACUCGGUGUAUCCAUCAGAAGACGACUCGGAAAAUGUUGAGGCGACUGCUCAGUUUGACUUCACAGCUAGAUCGGCUAGAGAACUUUCGCUAAAAAGAGGAGAUUCGAUCACCCUGUAUUCACAAGUAUCGAAUGAUUGGUGGCGAGGAGCUGUAAAUGGUCAAGAAGGGCUUAUUCCUGAUAAAUACAUCUCGUUAAAAAUGAAGGACGAAGACAGAGAAAAAAUGAGCCUUCUGAAAGCCAGCUCCUCGGAGGAAUCCAUGAGAAGGCGUGCGUCGAGUUCGAACGAUUCGAUGCUAUCCGAAAGUUCUACGUCAGCCAGUAACCUGAAUUCGCCCCUUGUGCAGUGUACGCCAGUGACUUGGACAAAAGUGUCUGAUUUAGCCGAAGCUAAAGUGAACGACAGUGCCUCAUUGUUGUUAAAUCAGUCUAGAGAGGUUGAAACAGUUCCAAAAGUGGGGCUUCAAAUAGAUCCCCCAAUCAUUCAGAUUACAGAAAAAGCUCAUUCAACUGUAACUGAUCAGGUUGAGGAGAAAAAUCAUGUACAAGAAACGUUAGAAGAACCUCCGGAUACUGGAAAGGCUCAAGCAGAAAUAGAUGAAUCUAAUGUAAAUUUCUCGCAGAACAGAGAACUUUGGCAGAGAAGAGCGCUUGAAAACGCCCCGAUGUCACCUCUGCUAAAAACGCACAGGUUAUCAGAACCGUACAUGCAGAGGCAGAAUCAUACACCAGACCUCGUAAUGGAUCUACCAUUGAUCGGAAGCCAAAGUCCCAAAGAGCAGAUCACGAAAUCCAUGUCUGUGAUUGGUACAAUGUACCCUGACAGUUCUCCAGAAGAAGAAUCUGCUAGCACAAAACCUCCGGACAAUUCAAGCGGAGCUGACAGUCCUGAUAUGCAGACUGCAGCAGAAACUUUUGCUAAACAGAAUCAGUGCACUUUGAAGAAAAACAAAAAGGUAUAUUCGCACGAGAGCCCAGAAUACGUAAUGAUAACUAGUCCUAUGCCAGAUAGGAAAUACGCUACGCUAGGUAGCACCACAACGCCCUCAACAACAACUUUCAAACCCCAACCAAAAACCAAACCCAUGGUACUAAAGAAACCCGUUUUUGCGGUGCCUUUAAGGUCAGUUUCUAUAGAAAUGAUGUGCAAGGACACCCCAGAUCUUCCAACUUAAGUAGUUUUUAUUUCGUGUUUUCUCAGUGUAUACAUUUGACGGUCUAAGCGUUGAUGAACGAAUUGAUCAGGUUCAGUCUUGAAGAAAAAUAUCAAAACAUUGUUGGAUUGCACAGCGUUGUUCAGAAGUUAUAAGUAUAUCCGAUUUUCAGUUCAAAUUUAAAAUUUAAUGAAACAUUUAUGUCUGGGGAAUUACAAAUUUUGUGGUAUAAUAUUAUAUUCUUUUCUUUUUUUAUCAAGUAAUCUGACCAAAUCGUUCUCUAGCGUAUCAAUAUGCCGGGUGUUUCAAAUGGUGAAAUGAGGCCAAAGUCGAGCAUUUAGGUAACUGGAAAGUUUUACAAUUCAGAAUAUUUCCGGAGAUACAAAAGAAACCGAAUUUUCCCAAUUCCUUCCUGGCUUUAUUUGAGGUAAGAUUUUUAAAGUAAAUGCACAUUAAUACGGUAUUUUUGUUUUGCCUUACAUGGAGAUAUAAUCGGAAUUCCAAUAUGACAUUUCGUCUAUCGUUUUCCAUCAUCAGCUUCAAUUUUUUUCUUAUGGACGCGAUAUUGGAAUUUAACAUAGGUGAGUUAUUCAGUCUGAUUUCAAAAUGUCAUGUACUAAUGUUGUAAAAUUAUAAUUAUUUGACAAAAAACAUUAUUUUCGUAACAGGCUUUGAAAUUAUCAGAUAAUUUGUUUUAUAAUUUCCUUAGAUGGAAGAAACCGAAUUUUUCCCAAAAUCGUCUUAGUUUCUUCCUGACUUUAUUUGAAGUAAGAUUUUUAAGUAAAAUACACAUUAAUUUUUCUCCUUUACAAGGUGAUAUAAUUAGAAUUCCAAUAUGACAUCAUCAGCUUCAUUUUUUUAUGUACACCAAAAAUGUAUGUCAUAUAUUGUAAAACUAUAAUUAUUUGAAAAUAAAAAAAAAACAUUUUAUCUUUACUAUGCCAUGAAAGUAUCAUUUGUUUCAUAAUUUCAUCCGUCAUACAUUUAUUUUUUUUUGAACCUGGACAUAGGUAAACAGUGCCAGGAGAAAGUCAAGCUAUGGCUUAAGUCAGGCUGUACUCAAGCUAUGAGAAAAUGAAAAACGAUGUUGGGAAAAUUCGGAAAUAAUCUGAAUGCGAUUUUCUUGGUGACGUAAAUGCGCCAUUUUGCAUCCAUUACCUUACCUGUUCUGCGAUCGUAAAGAUGACUGUCGAAUUUGAAACAACCGAACUGCUAACAUAUUGUAUCCAGCGACUGUUUUUUAUAAUAGUAUUUCUAACACGAAAAAAGGUUGUAACGGUAGCAGAAGGAAAUAUUGAUUUACAAUCCGCGUAGGGUUAAUGUCUUGACCAAGAAAUUAUAGUUUAUAUGAGGUUGGUUCCAAAUAUUCAGCCCAUAGUAGAUUUUGGCCAUUGGCAUAUCUAUCGGGAGAUAUGAGAUUGUGAUUCAUUGAACUUACUCAAGGCUGAUCAUCUGUUUUGAAUAGUAUUGAAGAGUCGCAUUCUAAAAAUUAAAUUUUUGCUUGGUUCUUUGAGUCAGAUAUUUCAAAAGCCUUCUUUGUUUGAAUGUUACAAAUUUUGAUCACACGUUUGUAUUAGGGAAUACAUGGCAAUUGACUAAGUAAGCUAGUGAAGUAAGCAGCAACGUUAGACAAUAAUGGCAUAGUUUACAAGAUAUUUUUCGAAUUAAUCUUUUAAGGAGUAUUUUUGGAUCACAACUAAUUCUAAAGAAAUUGCGAUUGUAGAUAGUAACGAUACUAGCAUUAUUCUUCAACAGAGGUUUGAAAAUAUUCGAAUAAUUUUGCGUUACUAAGUCCUCUCGUAGAUAAAAAUUGUUUACCUAAGUCAGGGUGUUAUAUGUUUUGCGUUUGUAACUUGAACAUUUCUAUAUAAUAGCCAUAUUGUGGAUAAAUGCUGUAGAAAGUUUUGGAACCAACUGCAACGUGUUUUGAUCAAAUGUGUAAAUGCUGGUGUCAGGUGUACAAGAUGCAAAAAUUUGCUUAUGAGGAGAAACAGAAAUAAUGUCGCAUUGCUUUUAGCCAACAAAACAAGCAAAAAUCAUGACGCAUACAUUUAUUAUUCCACAUGCCUCAGCUUCUGAGAUAAACAACUCAAUAGUGUGCUCAAAAUUGUUGUGCCAAGCUUUUAUAUCUCCGAACGCAUCAAACGUCUGUUUGAAAUCGUGUGGCACAUACAUAACUGAAAGUCAAAUAUGUUGAAAACUCAAAAUGUUUAUUUUUUGUUUAAGAUCUUUUUAAAUUCGAACACAUCCACUUCAAACUCCAUUUGGAUGAGGUUUUAUUUGAAAGCCUUAGAUGAACUUUGGACAUAUCAAGUCAAAAAAGUCACACAAUUUGACUUUCAGAUACAUCUGUCAAUGUACCAUGGCAUCAUAUUUUGAACUGAUAGACUGAUUUUUGAAUAUAUGUAUAACCUAUAGUGGCAUGUACUCAUAAUAUUUGUAAUCUUUUAUUUCAGUGAUAUAUAAAUUUUGAGCCUAGGUUUCCUUAUAUUGUGAGGUUCUUCCACUUCACUCUAUUCAAAUAAUUAAAACGACUGAAACUGAAACUUCAUUUAACAUUUUGAAACAUAGUUGCUCGAAUGAUGUGUUUCAUCUCAAAUGGUACUAUUGAGACCUAGGCUUUAAGUUUUUUAUUUUGCGUGAAUGUACUACUAUUUUAACUUUUAUUAAAAAGUUCCUUCAGUUGUAUUUUAUGUGGCCUUAGUCAAAGAGGGUAAUUUUUAGAAUAGAUUAUAUAUAUAUUUUGUUCGUUUAUACUCUGUGGAAGAUCAUCAAAAUAGAAGCAUAGAACAUCAGUCGAUUCCAAAAUAUGAUGCUAAUUUCAAUUUAAUUAUCAGCGGUCUUCUAUUUCUGUCAUAAUAAAACUAUACCUUUGAAAGACUGAUCUCAUAAUCAGCUGUAUCUAUGCUUCUACUGUGAACCUUCUGUUGUCCAACUGUAUAUAUGUUGGAAUUAUACAUCUAUAAUUUUUACUUAUUUUUAGCUACUUUUGUGUUACACAUGAUACGAAGUGAAAUAUUUUGUAUUUUAAAAUUUCAAUAUGUCAAGCUUCAUUUAAAGGCUUGGUGUUCUUUGAACCUAUGUAUUGGCAAUGUAGCAACUAUGUACAGGGUUUUACUAUACUACAUCUUCAUGUAAUGUUUGCAGAAUAUAUUUAUGUGGAUAUACCUUAUUAUCAGAGGCAGAAAUUACAUCAUAAGUCUUAUUCGAAACUACAUGUGAUUUAUCUGAUAUUUUAAAUGAAUAUAUCAAUCAUAUAC